AUGCCUCCCAAGAAGAACGUCGUGCAAGAGAAGGUCCUUCUGGGCCGUCCUGGGAAUAACUUGAAGAGUGGCAUCGUCGGUCUUGCGAAUGUCGGUAAAUCGACACUGUUUCAGGCCAUUACCAAGUCCACUCUCGGUAACCCUGCAAACUUCCCUUAUGCCACAAUCGACCCCGAAGAAGCUCGUGUCAUCGUGCCCGACGCACGCUUUGACUGGCUUUGCGAACAUUACAAGCCUAAGUCUCAGGUUCCUGCUAAUCUGACGGUAUACGAUAUUGCCGGUCUGACCCGUGGUGCCUCCACUGGUGCAGGUCUGGGCAAUGCUUUCCUUUCUCAUAUCCGCGCUGUCGAUGCUAUCUUUCAAGUUGUCCGAUGCUUUGACGAUGCCGAGAUCAUCCACGUUGAGGGUGACGUAGACCCUGUUCGGGAUCUGACCAUCAUCAACGAGGAGUUACGUAUCAAGGAUAUUGAGUUCGUGACGAAAUCUCUGGAAAAUCUCCAGAAGCAAACACGUCGUGGGGGUCAGACCUUGGAGAUGAAGAAGUUGAGGGAAGAAGAGGCAACUGUUGCCAAGAUUCUGCAGUGGUUGCAGGAUGGUCAUGAUGUCCGACAUGGUGACUGGAACCCCAAGGAGGUCGAGGUUAUUAACCCUCUUUUCCUCCUUACCGCUAAGCCAGUCGUGUACCUGGUUAACCUUAGCGAGAGGGAUUACAUUCGCCAGAAGAACAAGCACCUUCCCAAAGUUGCUGAAUGGAUCAAGACCAAUUCACCUGGUGAUCCUAUCAUCCCCGUUUCCGUUUCCUUCGAGGAGCGUCUGACCCAUUUCGGUGAUGACGCCGUUGCAGAGGAGGAGUGCAAGAAGCUGAACACCAAGUCUGCCCUGCCCAAGAUUAUUGUUACCAUGCGCCAAGUAUUGAACUUGGCCAGCUUUUUCACUACUGGUCCCGAUGAAGUCCGGCAAUGGACUAUCCGGAAGGGUAUCAAGGCACCCGCAGCAGCUGGUGUUAUCCACACUGACUUCGAGAAGACCUUUAUUCAGGCCAUCGUUUACAACUACAACACCCUCAAAGAAUACGGGGACGAAUCAGCCGUCAAGGCUGCAGGGAAAGUUAUGACCAAGGGCAAGGACUACGUGGUAGAAGACGGUGAUAUUCUGUUGAUCAAGGCAGGAGCUGCAAAGCACUAG